AUUCAAGUUGCGUCUCUCAGUGAUCUCUGGCAGGAGAGAAUACCAUCGGUCGUUAAACUCCUUCAUUACUCCCUCGUGCUCCUCUCUCUUGUGAAGGUAGUCAGGUUCCUACCAUGAUCGGAGACUUCCCCCAUCCCCUGGUCGGGCCAUCCUCAAAAGAGCGGAAAUAUGAUCGUCAGUUGCGGCUAUGGGCUGCUAGUGGACAGCAAGCUUUGGAAGAGUCCAGGGUGCUACUAGUCAACUCCGACGGGUCAUGGGGCAACCAGAGUACCGGAGUAUCUGGCGUAGUGGGUGUCGAGGCGCUGAAAAACCUUGUACUCCCAGGUAUUGGAGGCUUUACGAUUGUCGAUCCAGCUAUUGUCACUGAGCCGGAUCUUGGGGUGAACUUCUUUCUGGAGCAAGAGAGCCUGGGUAAAUCCAGGGCCGAGGAGACAUGUCGACUGUUAAAGGAGCUGAAUCCGGACGUAGAGGGCAGGUUCUAUUCGAAGUCGAUCGCGGAGGUUUUGCAGCAGGAUCCAAAUUUUCUCCCCCAGCAUAAACUGGUCUUGGUCUCUGGCCCCGUGAAGCGUUCGUCCUUGGAAGUAUUAUCCACUGCGUCCCAGGCGCUUGGUAUUCCUAUGCUGUAUAUGCGCUCCGUUGGAUUCUACUCCAUCUUCUCCCUCCAGGUCCCUGCCGUGUUUCCUAUAGUAGAGACCCAUCCAGAUCCAGAGACCACCCAGGAUCUCCGUCUUCUCAAUCCCUGGCCGGAAUUGACGGCGGCUGGUGCUAGUAUUGGCAAUCUAGAGACUCUUGAUGACCAUCAGCAUGGCCACGUGCCGUACACACUCUUACUCCUUCACUAUUUGGAGAAGUGGAAGGAGUCGCAUGAUGGAAAGGUUCCCUCGGACUAUAAAGAGAAAUCGGAAUUUAGAGAGUUUGUCCGAUCCAGCACCAGAACAAACAACCCUGAAGGCGGCGAAGAGAAUUACGACGAGGCCGUGGCUGCUGUCCUGAAGUCCCUGAACCCGUUUCGCUUGAGCAGCUCUACCCGAGAGAUAUUCGAGAUGGAAGAGUGCAAGCAUCUGACGGCGGAGUCCGCUGAUUUCUGGAUCAUUGCAUUCGCAGUACAUGAGUUCUACCAGAAGCAUGGCGUUCUCCCUCUCCCGGGCUCGCUCCCCGACAUGAAAGCCCAAUCUGCCGACUAUGUCACGCUACAGAAUGUCUACAAGUCCAAGGCCCGGAAAGAUGUCGACGAAGUCACGGAGAUUGUCAGAAACAUUGAGGCCCAGCUAGGACAACGUCCGAUUCAAAUCUUGGAGAAGGACAUUGAAGUCUUCUGUAAGAACGCCUCUCACAUCAAGGUUAUCCAUGGACGAGGCAUUCCUAUUCUGAAUGGAGAGGCCCAAACCACCCUCAAGGUUGUUCGUGGCCAACUCGACAACUCCGAAUCACUCAUCUCCAUUUUCCUCGCUUUCCAGAUUUUGGAUAAUGUUGUCACUGGAAUUCAAGAAGGGGAGUAUCCCGCAGAGGCCCUGAAUGAUGAUGCUGUGUGGAAUUCCGAAAUUGAUCGCGUCCUGGAUACGGUUACUGCGGGUGAAACUGCGACUGUUGACGACGCCAUCCGGACGGGGAUCCGCAACGCCACGCAAGAGCUGCGGAGAACCGAGGGCGGCGAGUUGCACAAUAUCUCCUCUCUUUCUGGUGGACUCGUGGCUCAGGAAGCGCUCAAGGUACUCACGCGACAAUAUGUGCCCUUGGAUAAUACGUGCAUCUUCGACGGCAUCCGCAGCCGCAGCGACAUGUACAAGCUGUGAUGCAGUGUUUUUUGUAACCACCAGAGGUUCUGGUGGACCAUAAUGAAAUAUUGAUGAUAUGAAUUGAUGAUUUCUGGAGAUGAACAAUUCCUUUUAUAAUAGUAUUUUUUUUUUGUGGGCCAUAUUUACUAGUUAGAACCGGCUCAGACUCUGUAAGUCGAAAUAUAUAUAUAUAUAUCUAUAUAUAAUAUAUUCUGAGAGGGG